AUGAAUGGGGAUUUGAUGGGCCAGUAUAUUGAGUUCGUUGAUGAUAGGUUGUUAGACUGCCUUGGCUGUGGGAAGAUUUACAAUGUGACGAAUACUUUUGAUUGGAUGGAGCUGAUUUCGUUGCAGGGGGAAGCCGAAUUUCUUUGA